GCAGCCCGGAUGUGAGCUGGGCGGCAGGCGGCUGAGCAGAGAGGAGGAAGAAGCGGAGCGGCGGCUGGAGGCGAGCCAAGUGGCGGCGGAGAAGGGAGGGGCCCAUGGAGGGAGAGCAAGGCCCUUUCGGGAUCCUUCCAGCCAUAAUGGAUGAUUUAAACCUGCACUACAGAUUUUUGAACUGGAGGAGGAGGAUUCGGGAAAUCCGAGAGGUGCGAGCUGUCCGGUACCAAGAGCGAUUCAAGCACAUCCUUGUCGAUGGAGACACGUUAAGUUAUCAAGGAAACUCUGGCGAAGUCGGCUGUUACGUUGCACCCCAUCCACUGACCAAAGACAACAAUUAUUUUGAGGUAUCGAUUGUGGACAGCGGUGUUCGAGGGACCAUUGCUGUGGGCCUGGUGCCGCAGUACUAUAGCCUGGACCAUCAGCCCGGAUGGCUACCGGAUUCAGUUGCCUACCACGCCGAUGAUGGCAAGCUUUACAACGGCCGAGCCAAGGGCCGUCAGUUUGGGACAAAGUGCAGCUCCGGGGAUCGAAUCGGCUGUGGGAUCGAACCCGUGUCUUUUGAAGUCCAGACGGCCCAGAUAUUCUUCACCAAAAACGGGAAGAGGGUGGGCUCAACCAUAAUGCCGCUUUCCCCGGAGGGGUUGUUCCCAGCUGUGGGGAUGCACUCUCUGGGGGAAGAGGUCCGACUCCAUCUCCACGCAGAGCUGGGCAACGAGGAGGACGACGACAGCAUCAUGAUGGUGGACAGCUACGAGGACGAAUGGGGCCGGCUGCACGAUGUGAAAGUCUGCGGCACACUCUUGGAGUACAUGGGGAAGGGGAAGAGCAUCAUCGAUGUGGGCUUGGCACAAGCUCGGCAGCCCCUGAGCACCAGGAGUCACUACUUUGAGGUGGAGAUUGUGGAUCCAGGAGAGAAAUGCUACAUUGCACUUGGGCUCGCUCGCAAGGACUACCCGAAAAACCGGCAUCCGGGUUGGAGCAGGGGAUCGGUAGCCUACCAUGCAGAUGAUGGCAAGAUCUUUCAUGGGAGCGGAGUGGGGGACCCCUUUGGGCCCCGCUGCUACAAAGGAGACAUCAUGGGUUGUGGAAUCAUGUUUCCCCGUGAUUAUAUCCUUGAUAGUGAAGGUGACAGCGAUGACAGCUGUGAUACGGUGGCUAUCAGAGCCAAGCCCCGGGGUGUGAGGAAUGUCCUGUACCUGCACCAGGAAGCAGAGGAAGAAGAAGAGGAAGAAGACGACGGGGAGGAGAUGGAGCAGGAGCAUGAAGGCAAGAAGGUGGUGGUGUUUUUCACACGCAAUGGGAAGAUUAUCGGCAAGAAAGAUGCCGUGGUGCCAUCCGGGGGCUUCUUUCCCACCAUCGGGAUGCUGAGCAGUGGGGAAAAGGUCAAGGUGGAUUUGCAUCCGCUCAGCGGCUGAGGACCAGAGGACAAAGGAACGCCCGUCUCUUUCUUUUUGCCAUUCCUCGGGGCUGCCUGAUUUGAUUGUUUGGAAUGUUCUUCAUUGCACUUCCAGCCUCUGCCUCCAGGGGCAGCAUUUUCAUCUGUCGGGCCAUAUACAUAUCUGUAUCUAACAUCACCUGAGCCACUUACCUGUCUCUUUACUGCUCAGUUGCAGCUGCCGUUGGGCCACUGCCGGAUGCUGGAAAAAUCCUGGCCCUCUUGUUUUCAACAAGGCCUGGGUUCAGGUGCUGGGGCGGAGGCUUCUUCCGUUUGCUGCUUCAGAGAGCAGUUCCAAAUUUUGCAUGCGGCCAUCGCUCCUCCUCCUUUGGAAGAAAGGCUGGGCAGGAGCUUGGCUUGGCUUGGCUUGGCGGCUCCACACUCAAAGCAGGCGGGGAGGGGGCAGGGCACAGGCCAUAACAAUUUAGUUCAUUUGCUGGCGGAGCAGUGUCAGGUGCUCUCUGCCAUUACUAUGGACCUCCUUGCAUUACCACCUAAGAGGUUGGAGGGCUGCCCUCCCCUCCUCAGCCACGCCAAUCAAUCCUGCAACCCUCUAGCCUUCUUUCUCGCCCUCCUCUUCUAGCGCUGCAACUUCCCCUCUCCACAAGUGCUUUCCUGAUCCUUAAACAUACUUAUUCCUUGCCGCCCCUUAUUUGGAACUCCAUCUUUCCCGGAAGAGGGGGUGAGUGGGAAAGAAUGGAUCGUUGCCUCCGAGUUAUCUCCGCCCUGUAUUCAUGGGAAAGCACGAGGUUUCCCUGUUACAGAGUUCUCUUCCACGCUCUUCCGUCAGCACCUCUUCUGCCAAAUACUGUCCCUGAGGAGGAGGAGGAGGGGGUGGCACCUUCCCAUUUCCCUUUCCUGAAGCAUGGACGUUCUGUUAUUGUGUGGAGGAGGUCUAGGGCCCUCCUGCCUCCAAGAAGAGGGGAUAUUUGUUCUGGGUCCGAUGCUGCUGCUGUUGUAAACCCUUCUUGUUGCUGCUGGCACUGCAAUUCAAAUCUGUUGAUUUUUUUUGUCUCGGGAGAGAGAUGUAUGCAUCAUGCCCUGUAAUUGAAUACAUAAUUUGCCUUCGA